AUGCUCCCCUGUCCUGCCACCUCCACUCCCUUCUCAGUCAAAGACAUCCUGAGGCUGGAUCCUUCUCAGAAUCCUGGAGGCCAAGUGGAGGCUCCUUCCCUGAAGACUGAACCACCAGCAGCACAGGACACAGGAGAGGGCUCUGAGGAACUGGGGCUCCCCUGUGACUCCCCAAUCAGAGAGGAUGAUGCUCAGGAGCAGAGUACCGGGAGUGUGGUCUCCAGGAAGGAAGACCACCCAGAGCGGCCCCGGCAGCUCCAGAGGAGGAAGCCCCGUGUCCUCUUCUCCCAGGUCCAGGUCUAUGAGUUGGAGAGGAGGUUCAAGCAGCAGAAAUAUCUGUCGGCCCCGGAGAGGGAGCAGCUGGCAUCAGUGCUGAAGCUCACCUCCACCCAGGUGAAGAUCUGGUUCCAGAACAGGAGAUACAAGUGCAAGAGGCAGAAACAGGACCGGUCCCUGGAGCUGGCAGGACACCCCCUUCCUCCACGAAGGGUGGCAGUGCCAGUUCUAGUCAGGGAUGGCAAGCCCUGCCUGGGAGGUGCCCAGACUCUCCCUUCCAGUUACAGUGCCAGCUCCUAUCCUUACCCAGUCUGCUUUGGUGGAUACACAGGGAGUCCCUAUUACUCAGGACCAGUGACAGGCAGCCCAGCAGUGCAGGUGGUCAACAUGAACAUCUCAGGAGCCCCUGCCCAGCAGGGAUAUCUACAGCCCACACUGCCUGGCAUCAGGGCCUGGUGA